AUUUAUUUGUUCGCAUGUGCCUAAACCAAGGAAAAGGGACCGAAAAUGCACGCAAUGUUCUCCCGGAGAGUCAUCGGCUUUUCGAAUCUCACCAAAUCACUCUCAAAAUCCACGCUCCCCCCUCAGUCGCGUCAUCACCAUGAUCCCUUCACCUCGCUUCCCAGGCCGAGCCACAGUCGUCUUCUUCCUUCUGCUUCGUCGUCUUCUCAGGCGAGCCGCUUUGACCCGUCUCUGCUGUGGCGAUCGGUGUCAACUCGUGGGUUUCUCCUGAAACCAUUUGGGAACGCUCCUUUGAGUUUGAAGCUUGGAAAUCUCGGGGAGUCCAGAGUUGGGUUCUUCGGUUCUCAGUUUCGGAGGAAUGGAUUCGGGCACGGGGGGUUUUCUGGGUUUCAAAGGCGUGGAUGGCUUCAGGGUUUAUCGCCUAACCAAGUCGUUUCGGGGUUAAUAAUAGCUAAUGUUGGUGUGUUUAUGAUGUGGCGGAUUUUCGACAAGCGUUUUAUGGUUCAAAACUUCAUGAUAUCAUUGGACAAUUUUACGAGUGGGCGGCUGCACACACUGAUAACUUCGGCAUUCAGUCAUAUCGAUGCCGGACAUAUCAUAUCUAACAUGAUUGGACUCUACUUCUUCGGAACCAGUAUUGCAAGAACAUUUGGCCCUCAAUAUCUUUUGAAACUGUAUCUCGCUGGGGCGCUUGGUGGCUCUGUUUUCUUCUUGAUUCAUCAGACCUUCAUGGCUCCAUCAUCUAAGGGUGGGGGAGCAUUCACCAAGGAUCCAUCAAGAGCCCCAGCAUUGGGCGCGAGUGGAGCUGUGAAUGCCAUCAUGCUGCUCGAUAUCAUGCUGCAUCCAACUGCUACUCUAUACAUAGAAUUUAUCUUUCCGGUGCCCGCAAUGUUGCUUGGGAUCUUCCUCAUUGGCAAGGAUGUUUUAAGGAUAAUAGAGGGAGACAGUCACAUCUCAGGUUCGGCUCACUUGGGAGGUGCUGCGGUUGCAGCCAUCGCAUGGGCGCGGAUAAGGAGAGGUCGUUACCGCUUUUGAUCAUACCCUCUUCAUUCCAUUGAGGUUCCUCCUCCAUUAAUCUUGGACUGGUAGAAGUAACACAUUAGAUCUGUGAUGGUUUUAGGCUUAGGAAACGAUAUCUAGAGCCCAUCAUUUAGAGCUUUUCUUCUCUCCUUUGCAUCGACGAGUACGAGUGUGAGACCUCGGAUUAUUACCCAUUCCAUUCUCGGUGUAACUGGCUUCAUGUGGGCGGAUUCGGUUUAUCAAAAUUCGAACUGAAGUGAAUACGUUCCGAGUUUGAUUCGGUUUUA